AUGUGAAAUCCUGUUCUAUCUCACCUCACGCUCACUCCCUGCAGAGACCGAUACCUGGAAGCUGAUUUUUUUUUGGGGGGGGGGAGUCCAGAAAGAGUUGGUCACCAGGUCAAGCUUUUUGAUUCUGAUCCACCCUGGCAUUCCUGCAGCAUAUUGAUUCACACUUGUCUCGGGUCAGGACCAAACGGUAGUGCCCAGUCUGGUCGCUUCUGAACAUGAAGUUGAAGGCCUGUAGCUGAAGAGAAAAAUACACGAGCUUCUCUGAUCCGAUGUGAAAUGAGGAUGUCUGCUGCCGUAGGUUUUUGGUCGGGUAAAGGACAGCGUGUCUUCAGCUCCACUGUGGAUGGCGGGAAGCUCAAGAAGAGCAAAAGUAAGAAGGUGUUUGAACCCAGGAAGACCUGUAGCCUAGAGGAAUCCCAGCUGGGUGUUCAGGACCUUAGCAAGAAUUCUUCCAAGUUUUUCCCCAGCAGGUCUCUGACAGUGGAGUCAGACUCACACAAUGAGAAGCCAGACGGUUCUUCCACUCGCAAUAGUAUCACAAAGCACAGCAAAACAUUCCACAAGCUGUUUCGAGACAUCUCUGAAAAUGAAAACCUGAUUCAAGCCUUCACCUGUGCCCUACUGAAGGAGGUUCUCUACCAUGGCAAGCUCUAUGUGUCUGAGAACCAUGUGUGUUUCCACUCAUCAGUGCUGCUCAAGGACACCAAGGUGGUGGUUCCGGUGGCUGCAGUGGGGAGUGUGAAGAAGCAGAACACGGCUCUGCUGUUGCCGAACGCUUUGUCCAUUCGAACCAUGGAUGGCGAGAAGUACUUGUUUGUGUCUCUGCGGAACCGGGAAUCCUGCUACAAGCUGGUCUGCUCUGUGUGUCUUCAUUUGGAGACUGGGAGUAACAGCAACAGCCCACAGGUGUCGUCUGCAGAGAACAGCAUUGACAGCAUCCGGGAUGGGCCCCUCAGUCUGUCUGGAGUAGAAGACAAUAUUUUCCCUGUGGAAGAGGAAAACUCCAGUUCCCAACAGGGGUUGACCAGAUUGGACAGAGACACGGUGUCAGAUGGGAGCGAAAGCAGCCGGGAGCAGGAAGUGAGCUCGUCAGAUGACAGCAGAGGUAAUUCCUGGGUUUGGACCAUGACUGAGAGGGUAAAAUCUGCUCUAGUCCAGAGAGAGACCAAUAACUUCAAUGUCCUCGUCUUCAUCUACCUCAUUCUGGUGGUGCUACUCCUGCUGUCUUCGGGGUACAUCGGGCUACGCAUCGUGGCCUUGGAGGAGCAGCUCAGCUCCAUGGGCGCCUUGCCCCAUUUCUCCCUGUCAGAAGAGUACAAGGACACAUAAGGGUUUGGCCUACAGACUCCAGAGGACAUCCCAGGGAAGACCAAAGGACGAUCCAUGGACGAUCACUGGGCCCAGGUCCACAUCUGGAGGACCUGUCCACCAGCUUAGUAAUUUCAGUGGUGUUUGAAAGCGCUUCAGCAGGAACUGACCCCCACCCUACUUGGGCUGAGGUGGGGGUGACAGAGGCCACCACCGGCAGACAGCUGGCCUGUCUGCCCCCUUUUGGCGAACCUGACGUCAUCACCAGCCUCAGUACCAGUGGGCAUUCUGUUGCCAAAAUGGGUUCCUCAAAUAUACAUAUAUUUUUAAACCAA